AGUGACCGAUAGAGUGUUCCGUACGGAGCUGGACCCCAGCGUAAGCGCAAGAAACUGGUGUCGCGUGUUUUCGACGAAAGUGAAACCGGAGGAAGCGUAGCAUCGACAGGUAGCAAGCCGCAAGGUAUCAGAACAGCGUGGAACCAAGCGGAAUUAAUUCAAAAUGAAAAACCUUACGUUGGUCGCCGUUUUGGGAAUGAUGGUAGUGUUGGCCACUGCCCAAAAGUAUACCGACAAGUUCGACAACAUCGACGUCGACCGGGUGCUGUCCAAUGAUCGAAUUCUCAACAACUACCUCAAGUGUCUGCUCGACAAAGGACCUUGCACGCAGGAAGGUCGGGAACUGAAGAAGACGCUUCCCGAUGCACUGAAGACCAACUGCGAGAAGUGCAGUGAAAAGCAGAGAACCAGCUCCCGUAAGGUUAUCGCCCAUCUCGAGGAUCGCAAACCCCAGGAGUGGAAAAAACUGCUCGACAAGUACGACCCGGAAGGCAUCUACAAAAGCAAGUUCGAAAAGCUCAACAAACGAUCCUAGGGUGAGCUUGCGGCGAGAUAGAGCCCCGUCGUGUUUUUCCGGCCUGGCGAAUUUCGUUCAUAGCAAUAAAAACGGUUAGACCAAACGGCGGACGGCUGAGGACGGGCGGGAUUGUACGUAUUAUGAUGAAUGUGAUAAAUCCGCGUGGGUAGUCACUUGUCUGCCAAGCUGGAAAGGAGCAUCGAAGAUAGACAAACAGAACAUAAGAUAAAACUUAAGGGACAGAAAAGGAGAAAAAACCAAAAACGGAAAUCGCAAAAAAUACAAAAACGGACAGCUAGCCGGCAAAUCUCUACGUCCUUCAGUGGCCGACGCAUUUAUCAUAGAAAAGUGGUCGCAUUUUUUCAUCUCGAACCGAUCCAAGUUAUACUCAAUUCCAAUCAAUGAGCUACAUUUUCGAGGCAACACGAAGCAGGCAAAUGAACCAUAAUGAUAUGCCAUAAUUUAUUUGAUUUUCUACAUCAGAAUUGAAAAUAAAAUUGUUUUAUAACCAA